GGCAACACCCGGUAUAUAAAUAUGCUUUUACAGCUUAAUAAUAUUCCUCGGAUAUAUAAUAUUCUCGCCUUUAUAUCUAUAUAUAUACUCCUGGCGGGGUAUAUAGUCUUUUCUAGUAUAUUUACUUUAAUUAGUUAUUCUAGUAUAAUAGAAGCAGCCGCGGGUAAAACCUAUACUGGCCAGACAGUUUUAAGAGCUGUGUAA